AUGACGACGAUGACAGUGUGCCCUGCAAACGCAAUCGAUCAGAAGAUGUCAUGGAGCAGACGUAGCCCACUCUGGGACUUGGACCUGAAUGAACUGUCUAAUAUGGCACACAUUCCAAAGCUCCAGCAGGAUAUGCUGUUCAUUCGCGCACUCUGGGAAGCUCGCUUAGAUGAUGGUGUUGGGCUCAAAGGCGAGGCUCUUGAGAGGCUCCGUAAUCCCCCUUCCUACCCAGCAACUGUUGAUGAUCCUGCUGUCGACUUUGCACUCUCAAUGUUUCUCGCACUCGAACACUCUUCAGAAGCAGCUUAUGAAGACAUACAAACUGCAGCUCAUCGAUGCUUCCCAGAAUCUGAUAUACCCAGUGUUACACUUAGCGUAGUUGAUUCUGUUGUCGAUCAUAUGUGCAUUAACACAUGUGUCGCAUUCGUUGGACCAUACACAGAUUGUGAGACUUGUCCGGAGUGUGGAACACCCUGCAAAGUGAAAGUUCCGCAGGCUGUGUUCCACAUGAUCCCAAUUGGACCACAAAUGCAGGCCCUUUGGCAUGAUCCUGACAGCGCUCACCAGAUGCAGUACCGCAAACGACGUACCCAACAAAUUGCCGAAGAACUUGUUGCAUAUCUCAAUGCUGUUCAAGAAGGUUGUAUUGUAGAGAACGACAUGGUCCUCAUGGUUUCCCUUGACGGAGCACAGCUAUAUGAGAGCAAAGAGUCAGAUUGUUGGAUCUACAUCUGGAUUGUUGCAGAGCUUUCUCCCGAUCGUCGCUACAAGAAGAAACAUGUCCUACCUGAUGCUUCUCGCGACACAAACUUCAUCUCAUAUCUCUUUCUUAUUCUCGGUCUCACUGAUGGCCCUGGAUUACUCUCGUUGAGUCGCCAUGGUUGUUGUAUGCACUGUGGGCUCCAGGGGCGUCAAAAGCCUGGUGCCCCUCACUACUAUCCUGUCCUUCUUAAGCCCGACAACUACAACAUUGCGGGCUGUGAUCAUGGCAAUGUCGACAUUUAUCAUCUUCCAAUCGGAACAUCAGCAAAUUAUUAUCAGAGCCUGCGCUUGCUAAUGCAAGCACCAAACCGAGCGCAGUACGAGCAACACCACCUCCAGACAGGAAUUGUCAGACUGAGUUUUCUUCUUGGCCUUCAGCCUGAUCACAUCUCGGGUGUACCAGAGUGCUUUUCUUCUGAGAUCAUGCAUUUUGCUGGCGCUAAUACAGCAGCACUGUUUGUGGAUAUUUGGCAUGGUGAAAUGUCAUGUGGACGGAGUGAUGAUCAGGAGAAUUGGCCGUGGUCAGUUCUCACAGGCAAAACUUGGGUAAAUCAUGGUGCAGUUGUUGCUGCAUUGCAGCCCCACUUGCCUGAAAAAAUCAACACAUACUACAAGGCAGCAGAGUACAUUACUUGGUUGUUCGGCUAUGGGCCUGGACUUUUUUACGGCCUGAUUCCAGACCUGUAUUAUCGCAACUUCUGUCAAUUCUACAGCAUCACUCCAGCCCAGGUUCUCAAAGCUUCUGAAUGCUUUGCGGAGUGGGAAACAGAGUUUGAAGAACUCUACUAUCAACAUUGUGUUGAUCGUCUACAUUUUGUUCGCCCAUGCAUUCACCUUUCUAACCACCUUGCAUUGGAAUGCACUUGUUGGACGAUGGAACGCACCAUAGGCAAUCUUGGGCAGGAAAUUCAACAACCAUCAAACCCAUUUUCAAACUUAGCUCAACAGGGAAUCCAAAGGUGUCAAGUGAAUGCUCUCAUGGCCAUUCUCCCCUGCUAUAGUAAAUCUUGUGAUUCUCUUCCUCGAGGAGCUUGUGAGCUAGGUGAAUCAUAUAUACUUCUUUGCAAAUCCGACAAAUGUCCAAUUACCAUUCCGCCUGGUGGUGCUGAAGCAGCGGCAAUCAGUGCUUACUUAGGUCGACCACCACCAAGGUUCUGCCGAUGGGCAUGUUUGCAGUUGCCCAAUGGGCAAAUUAAAACCAGAGUAUCUCGUAAUGUGAAAGUAUUUGCUGUCUGGAAUCCAAACAACCAGCAAGAUGAUGUGGAUGAGCCUCGAUGGCAAUUUGCUAAUGUUGCAAUUGUCUCCAUGUAUUCUCUGCCUCACGAUGAGCUGCUCACCAUAUCACACAGCACUCUCUGGUCAUGUACUUAUCACAGCAAUGAUGCAUUGUGUGUGGUUGAUGUAAAAUCAAUCCAAUCAGUUGUUUAA